GUCCAUUCUGCUCUGCAACCAUGAACGAUGGCUGAGACUGUGGGCGCAAACAAGGAGCAUCCUCUCGCCGGGGUGGUCCUCUGCUUCACCUCAAUCCUCCCCGAGCAGCGGUCCGAAAUUGCUACCGUCGCGAGUCAGAUGGGAGCGACCCACAAGUUCGAUCUCACCUCCGAUGUCACCCACCUGCUGAUCGGCGAGGUCAACACGCCCAAGUACAAAUUCGUCGCGCGGGAACGGGCCGAUGUCACGGUCCUGAAGCCCGAAUGGGUCGAGGCGGUGCGUCAGUCGUGGAUGCAGGGCGGGGACACGGAUAUCCGCGCGCUGGAGGCCGCAUACCGAUUCCCGAUUUUCGGCGGCUUGUCCAUCUGCAUCACGGGGUUUGAGGAUAUGUCGGUUCGGAAUUACAUCCAGGACACCGUCACGGCCCAUGGCGCCGAGUUUAGGAAAGACCUCGUGAAAGGCACCAGCCACCUGAUCGCGCGGAGCACCGACGGGGACAAGUACAAGUUCGCAAUGCAGUGGGGGAUCAAGAUCGUGUCCAUGAAGUGGCUCACCGACAGUCUCGAGCGGGGGAUGGUCCUGGAAGAGGCCCUGUACGACCUGCAGUUGCCGUCGGAGCAGCAUGGCGUUGGCGCCUGGCAUCGAGCCCUGCCCGCGCCUAAGCCCAAGGCCGCUCCGGGAGCCGACAGUGAGAACCCGUCGAAUAACCCCCGACCCCGGAAAUUGCGCCGCAUUGCGAGCACGAAGCUGGGAGACCAGAACGAAGGCAUCUGGGGCGAUAUCAUUGGCAUCGGGUUUGAGGCGGGCGACUUUGGCCGGUCCAAGGGGAGCCAGCAGAGCGAGACCCGGGCCUUGCGGAAAGCCACCUCGGGACUCCAGGAGGUGAAGUCGUUCGCUAGCGAGACGACCAUGGCGGAGGCGCAAGAGUCCCGACCACAGCCACCAACGGAGCCGGUCGCUCGCAAGGACGAAGGGUUUUUGCACGGUUGUUACUUUUACAUACAUGGGUUCUCGUCGAAACAGACAAAUGUGCUACGACACCAUCUAUCUUUCAACGGGGCACAGUUAGUGGGAUCCCUGAGCGAGUUCACCCGAUCAGACAUUCCGAAAACCGGCCACGGUCUAUACACAAUUGUUCCGUUCAAGAUGUCUAAAGCUCAGGUCCCUUCCACCGAUGAUCUGGCAUUCGAAUGCGAGGUGGUGACGGAUAUGUGGCUGGAGAGAUGCCUUGAUGCGAAAACACUCGUGCCUCCAGAGUCUCACGUAGCAAACACGCCCAUACCCGCAUUUCCGGUCGAAGGAUUCUCUGGCCUUAAGGUGUGCUCAACCGGGUUCUUCCGUAUCGAUCUCCUGCACUUGUCCAAGCUUGUCAAUCUAAUCGGCGCUACAUACAACGAGUACCUGACGCCCAAGGCUUCUGUCCUCGUAUGCAACGACGCAAGCCCCGUGAACCAGGACAAGCUACGGCAUACUCAGGAGUGGGGAGUCCCAGCAGUCUCCGCGGACUGGCUCUGGGCCUCCAUUCGUCACGAGAAAAAGCAGCCUUUCGAACCCUAUCUAAUUCAGAAGCAACCCACCCAGAGUAGCAAGUCUCGGGAGACGCGAGCUGGCUCGCAUCCGAAGCAGAACCGGCCAUCCUUAACCACCAACCGGACCAGCCAACCAAAAUUAAGAGCCGAUGGAACGGGUGACUCUGCUCGAGCAACCGACACCGAGGCGAAUGAACAUCAUCCUCAACACGGAGCAACAUCAAAAGCGACGCCGGACGAGCACACCCGAGUCCCCACCCCAGUCAAAGAAUCACCCAUAAAGAAGAACCCAAUCUCCGCCUCCCCCACCACCUCCUCACCGCUCAAACGCAAGAUUUCCGAUGUAUCCACCGGCCCGACGGCGCAAUCCGUCAUCGACCUCGCCGUCAGCGGCCUCAUGAAACAGGCCCGCACCCACAGCGCCUCCGAACCCGGGGACGGCCACGACCGGCCACGCUCCCGGGCUCGGAAACCGCUCCUCGGACGUGCGCCCUCGAGCCGCACCAACAGCGGCGGCCUCAGCUCCCUCGACCAGCACCCGCAGACGAAAGCGUUCUCGUUCUCGCGCGCCAGCUCCAUCGACACCCUCAACGACGACGGCUGCGGCAGCGCCAUCUUCGACUCCAACCACCCCGCGGACAGCGGCGGCAUCUUCUCCCGCGCGAACAGCACCGCCGCCCGACUAGAGUACCUGGACAUGGAGGGCAGGGCCGCCAGCAACUCCAUGGUCAUGUCCGAGUAUGAGCAUGAGUACGCGGGCGGGGAGGACGAGAACGAGCCGCCGGCCAUGACGCAGCUGGACUACGAGGACCCGGACGCCGUGGCCAUGCGCGAGCAGUUCCUGCAUCAGGCGGGGAAGGUCGUGGCGAAGAAGAAGAACAGCAACCAGGCGGCCGGCCUCGCGGAUCAGCUGCUUGUGUCGGAGGUCCGGGAGCUGGAGAAUGUUGGGUGGGGUGGGGGGCGGAGGACGAGGCAUGGGCAGAAGGCUAUUGGGGAGAGGGGAUUUUGAGCUCGUUCUGGGAUAUGGAUCGGUUCUCCCCGUACUACCCUCCGGUUGGGGGUGGGGGUAGUUGUUGGAUUUGGAUCCUGGUAGGGUUGAAUAUGUUGUUCAUGAUAUGCAUGCAUGGCGCGGCGUCCUUUCUCAUACGUGCUGAAUACAUUGUGCUUUUUAAUAUCUUAUUCGUGCCUGUGGCUGUGGCGC